AGGUUCUAGAAAAGCGGCGGCAGCGGCUCUAGCGGCAGCAUCAGCAGCGCCGGGUCCAGAGUGGAGGUGCUCCUAGCGGUGUCGUUUCUCGACCAGCGGCAGUUCUCACUACAGCGCCAGGACGAGUCCGGGUCGUGUGCGUCCGCGGAGAUCUCAUCUCGCUCGGCUGCGGGAAAUCGGGCUGAAGCGACUGAGUCCGCGAUGGAGAGAGAAGAGGAACAAUUCCGUAAACUCUUUAUUGGUAGCUUGAGCUUUGAAACUACAGAAGAAAGUUUGAGGAACUACUACAAGCAGUGGGGAAAACUUACAGAUUGUGUGGUAAUGAGGGAUCCUGCAAGCAAAAGAUCAAGAGGAUUUGGUUUUGUAACUUUUUCAUCCAUGGCUGAGGUUGAUGCCGCCAUGGCUGCAAGACCUCAUUCAAUUGAUGGGAAAGUGGUUGAGCCAAAACGUGCUGUUGCAAGAGAGGAAUCUGGAAAGCCAGGGGCUCAUGUCACUGUGAAGAAGCUGUUUGUAUGUGGAAUUAAAGAAGAUACUGAGGAACAUCAUCUUAGAGAUUACUUUGAGGAAUAUGGAAAAAUUUAUGCCGUUGAGAUAAUUACCGAUAGGCAGUCUGGAAAGAAAAGAGGCUUUGGGUUUGUCACUUUUGAUGACCAUGAUCCUGUGGAUAAGCUUGUGUUGCAGAAAUACCAUCCUAUCAAUGGUCAUAAUGCAAAAGUAAAGAAGGCUUUAUCUAGACAAGAAAUGCAGGAAGUCCAAAGUUCUAGAAGUGGAAGAGGAGGCCACUUUGGUUCUGGAGAUUCUCGUGGUGGUGGUGGAAAUUUUGGACCAGGACCAGGAAGUAACUUCAGAGGAGGAUCUGAUGGAUAUGGAAGUGGUCGUGGAUUUGGAGUUGGCUCUAAUGGGUAUGGAGGAGGACCUGGAGGUGGCAAUUUUGGAGGUAGCCCUGGUUAUGGAGGAGGAAGAGGAAGAUAUGGUGGUGGAGGACCUGGAUAUGGCAACCAGGGUGGGGGCUGCAGAGGUGGUUAUGACAAGUAUGGAGGAGGAAAUUAUGGAAGUGGAAAUUAUAAUGAUUUUGGAAAUUAUAACCAGCAACCUUCUAACUAUGGUCCAAUGAAGAGUGGACACUUUGGUGGUAGCAGAAACAUGGGAGGACCGUAUGGUGAAGGAAACUAUGGUCCAGGUGGAGGAAACUAUGGUCCAGGUGGAGGAAGUGGGGGGUAUGGAGGAAGAAGACGAUAUUGA